AUGCACAGCCUGGGAGAUAAGUCCGCAUCGAGCUCAAUCAAGCUAGAACCCAUGGAGAUCAACACGUACAAACUGCUGCUGCUGCCGGACGGCCGACGUGUGGCGACGACGAAACAGCAUAAAACGCCGACGACACACGAGCGACCGCCUGAGUACGCUCAGCGCCUCGCUCGCAUCAAGAGCGUCUGCGAGUCCAACCACCCGAUCGCUCGCAAACUCCGCACGCAGUCGCUAGAGGUCAGCAGGAACAUCAUCGUCGACGACGAGUACAAGAUUCUCUACUGCGCGGUCGGCAAGAUCGCAUGCACGAACUGGCGACGCGUCUUCCUGUCGCUGUACGAUCCCGCACGGUUUCCGGAUCCCCGCAACAUCACAAUAAAAUCUGCACACACUGUGAAACUACGGCAGCUGAGCGACUACAAGUGGGACGAACAAGUGCAUCGCCUCGACACCUACUACAAGUUCAUGUUCGCUCGGCACCCGUUCGAGCGGCUGGCGUCGGCGUACCGUAGUAAGUUUACCUACGAUCUUCCCUACAACCGACAGUAUCACCGGCACUACGGUACACGGAUCAUAGAGUACUACCGGCCCGACGCUUCCCCGCAGUCGCUCGCAGAGGGAAAGGACGUCCGUUUCGACGAGUUCCUGAAAUUUCUCGCCGAUCCGGAAUCGGAUAGCGUCGAUCAGAAUCGACACUGGUCGCACGUGUACCACGCAUGCAAUCCCUGUCAAAUCACCUACGACCUCGUCGGUAAGAUGGAGACGCUAGAGAGAGACGCUGCUCAGGUGAUACGAGAGGCGGGGGUCCCCUCUCUAAUCUCCUUCCCGACCCGAGAGGACGCGAAAUAUCAAAACAAGAUGGCGUCGGAGAUCGUUGGGGAGCUGAUGGCCGGUGUGGCGCCGUCUCUGGUGCAACAGAUCUACCGGGUCUACGAACUCGAUUUCUCAAUGUUCGGCUACGAGUGGCCGAUUCGCGGCACGUAAUGCACGACGAUCGAUGACGUCAGCGAAACAUGAGCGGUACGUGAUGCACGGUACACUACUGUUGAUGACGUCAGCGAAACGUGCGCGACAGACAAUAUUCGUGGAGCGGGGGAUGAUUUAUCUGCGUCUGUGGUAACGCGCAUGCGCUGUCGGUGAGAGAGAGAGAAAGAGAGAGAGAGAGAGAGAGAGAGAGAGAGAGAGAGAGAGAGA